AUGACUUACCGACGCUUAUUCUCUCUCUUCUUCUCUCUCGCCAUCUCUGUGUUCUGGCUUUCCCAAUCCACUUCCGCAGCCCUCCUCGCAAUAGACUAUGGUACAGAAUUCAUCAAGGCUUCCGUAAUAAAACCCGGCGUACCCUUCGAUGUUCUCCUCAAUAGGGACUCGAAGCGAAAGAUACAGUCUAGUAUUGCGUGGAAGGGGGAGGAUAGGUUGUUUGGUGGUGAUGCGUUUAAUAUCGCAGCUAGAUUUCCGGGAGACUCCUUCACGUACCUCAAACUCUUACAAGGCGUUCCUUACGAAUCCGACGCAGUCGACGUAUUCCGCUCAAUAAACCCCUCCGCACAACUAGUCCGAACGAAACGCGACACAGUAGGCCUCCUCCAAUCGACGAAAAACAACAAUACGGAAUGGAGCGUCGAAGAGCUCAUAGCGAUGCAAUUCUCUUACAUCAAAGAACUAGCUGAAACCGUCGGCACUACCCCAGAUGCAACUCGAGAAAGAGAAACAGUUCGCGACGCAGUCGUAGUCGUCCCACCCUACUUCACGCAAUUCGAGCGCGACGCCAUCGCAGACGCUUUGGAAAUCGCUGGGUUAAGAUUGGCAGCGCUUGUGAAUGAUGGGACUGCUGUUUCGUUAAACUUUGCUAUGACGAGGAACUUUUUGGAGGGAAGGGAGUGGCAUGUUGUGUAUGAUGCUGGGGCGGGUGGUGUACGUGCUACUGUCGUCUCUUUUGAGACCGUACAACCAAACGGGAAGAAGGCGAAGGAUGCGAAUGGUGCACAAACGCAGAUUACUGUCGCUGGAGUAGGGUUUGACCGAACUGCCGGAGGGCUGGAGCUUUCUCGUCGAUUACGUGACAUGCUUGCCUUGGACUUUGAAGUGAAGCAUGGACGACCUGUUACAGGUGAUGCCCGCGGGAUGGCGAAGUUAUGGAAAGAAGCUGAACGGGUUAAGACUAUCUUAAGUGCCAACACAGAAGCGACUGCUUCUAUCGAGAGUCUCGCUUUUGAUAUCGACUACCGAACCAAGAUUACUCGUUCCUCGUUGGAAGCAGCUUGUUCAGACCUCUCCCCAAAAUUUGCGCAACCUGUUCUAGACGCAAUUGCCAACGCCGGUCUCCAACUAGAUGACAUCAAGUCUGUUAUAUUAACCGGAGGACACUCGAGAACGCCUAUGGUCCAAGCAUCCCUUAAAACUGCUGUAGGCGAGGGUAGGAUCGCGACGAGUGUGAACGCAGAUGAAGCUGCUGUACUUGGUGCAGCGCUUUAUGGUGCUUCGAUUAGUCCGUCGUUCCGGACGAAGGAUAUUAAAGUUGCCGAUGUUGUGCCUUAUGAUAUUCAGAUUUCUUAUCUCUCACAGUCGAAGGUCGUUCUUAAUUCGAAUUCGAAUUCGGAUGAGGAAGGAAGAGGAGGGGGAGAAGGAGGACAGAUACCGUUGACGACGCCUAGGACGCUUAAUACUUUGGUUUUUCCGGCUGGGUCGAAGGUCGGGAGUAAGAAGACGAUGACGUUUAAGAGGAAGGAUGAUUUUAAUGUUACGAUGUCGUACAAGGGUUCUCUUGGGUAUGGCAUACCAACAGACCUCCUAGAAGCCGAAAUAACCGGCGUCAAGGAAGCGUUGGCAGAACUUAGUGAAGCAGGUGCGACUGAGCCUGUCGUAAAGGCGACUUUGGUGUUGAGUGAGUCGGGUUUCGCGGGAAUACGGGAUGCGGUUGCUGUUGGGGAGGUUAAGAAGGAUGAAUCUUUUGCAGGCAAGUUGAAGGGCUUGUUUGGUGGGUCGAACAAGGAGGUUGGUGAGGAAGAGGUUAACGAUUCUUCUUCGUCCUCCUCUUCCUCCUCUUCAUCGACGAGCUCGGAAACGUCAAGUACGAGUACCGCUUCUGGAGAAUCUGACAGUGCCUCGUCCUCUUCCCAAACGACGUCAAGUUCUUCCACAACAUCGGCUUCUCCGAGUCCGGAGAAGAAGAAAGAAGUACGGGAUACGAUACCUCUUACGUUGACUGUAAGACCGUUAUCUAUCCCUGCUUUGACUCCGGGUGAGAUUCGUCGUUCUCGUGAUCGCCUCCUAGCAGUCGACGCAGCAGAAUCCGCCAAACGCCGUCUCGAAGAAGCACGUAACAGUCUCGAAUCCUACCUCUACCGUCUUCGCGACCUCCUAGUCGAAUCCGAACACGCAUACGACGAGGAGAGUGAAAGUCCAUUUAGGAAAUGCUCAACGGAGGAAGAGAGGAAGGUGAUUGAGGGGAAUGUGGAUGAGACGUUGAGGUGGGUGGGUAGUGAGGAUGCGGAGGGGGCGAGGUUGGGGGAGUGGGUUGAGAGGAGGGAUAGACUUGAACGCCUUGAACGACCCAUCCAAUUCCGAUACACAGAAAUCCUCGCCUUCCCCUCAACACUCAACGAAUCCCAACGCAUAAACUGGAUGACCCGGCUCUUCCUCACCGAAGCUCGAAAAAACCUCACAGCGGAACUCAUCCCGGGUAACCUCCCCGCCCUCCACACUUCCGAUGAACUCCUAACUUUAGAAAAAGCUCUGAGAGAACAUGAAAGUUGGUUACACGAAGGAGUAGAAGAACAGAAGAGGAGAGGGAUGAAUGAGGAUAGAGCGAUUUUGACGAGUGAGAUGAAGGUGAGAGCGAAGAUGCUUGAGAAGGAGUUGAUGAAGUUGAUGAGGAGGAAGACACCGCCGAAGAAAAAGACCUCUACCUCCGCUUCUUCAUCUUCUUCAUCUACUUCUGCUUCUUCGAGUGUAUCGGAGAGUGCAUCUGGGACGGGGACUGGGAAUAGCGAGAGUGUACCUCCAGUAGAACCGACUAGUAGUACCACCACCAGUGCGUCUGAGAACUCUCCGACGAGUAAGGCUCCGGACGUUCAUGACGAACUGUAGAUUGUUCAGUUUUUCGUUAGUAUUAUUAGAUUUCAUACACAUACAUAUAAAUUAU